AUGAUGCGCACCAUCCCCUCACACGUGGAUCUACUAGUGCUAGGUGCAGGCUGGACCUCGGAAUUCCUCACGCCGCUCCUAACCUCACAGGCGAUAACCUUCGCCCUAACGACCACCAACGGCCGCAACGGCAGCAUCCCCUUCAAGUUCGACCCGGACUCGCACGCACCCCAGCAAUACGCGCGCCUCCCCUCCGCCAAAACGGUGCUGAUAACGUUUCCGCUGCGGGGCGCGGGGCAAGCCCAGCACCUAACGACGCUGUACCGGGCUUGCCACGGCGAGCAGAACCAGUGGAUCCAGCUGGGGUCGUCAGGGAUCUUUACGGGCGCGCACUGGAACGACAGCAGCGGCGCGUACGAUGCGAGUAACGAGCGCGCCAUCGCGGAGGAUGAGCUCCGCGCGUGCGUUGACGGCGCCGUGCUCAACCUCGCGGGCCUGUAUGGCGGCGCGCGCCAGCCGCGGAACUGGGUCACGCGCGUCGCGAAGACCAAGGACCAGGUCAGGGCCAAACGCGCCCUGCAUCUCGUGCAUGGCGACGACGUGGCUCGCGCCGUCGUCGCGCUGCAUCAGGCUUUUACGCCGGGCUGUCGCUGGCUCGUCACUGAUUUAAGGGUCUAUGACUGGUGGGAUUUGAUCCAUGCGUGGGCGCCUGAGGUUGAGGUAUUGGCGCGCGAGACGCUGCCGUCUGAGGAGGCGGAGGGGCUCGACUAUCGGCGGUGGGUGGUGGAGUUGAUGGAGGAGGAGGGCGUGCGGGCUUUGCCGAGGGGGGCGGAGGACUUGGGCAGGGUGCUUGAUUCGAGGGAUUUUUGGAAGGCGGUGGGCUCUUGGCCGAGUAAGGGGAGGGUGGUUUGA